AUGAACAAUAUAUUUCAUGGAAAUGAUGAUAACUCUGCAAACGAAGACACACUGAAUUUACAAAAGAUUUCUUUGAAAAGUCCCUUUGGUAAGAAAAAGAACAUAUUCAAAAACGUCCAAACCUUUUUCAAGUCGAAAAGCAGACAUUCGCAUACCGAUGAUGAUUUGACUAAUAAAGAGCAUAUAACAUUCAACAACUCUCCAUUGUUAGCCAAAUACAGUAGUAAUGAAAUUGAUAUUCCUUCACCAAUUAUAAAGCAAUUCAGCAAUCUCGAUGAAAAUAAAGAUGAUGAUCUGGUCUUGAGCACAAAUUUUGCCUCUCAAACUUUACAAAGCCCAACCAGAAAUUCUUCAAGAAGAUCAUUAACCAAUACUAGGGAGAAUGACCUCUUCAAUCGCAUCAAGUAUCCCGGCAGUCCCCAAAGAUCCAACUCAUUUUCGAGGUCAAGAUCCUUGUCGAGAAAAGCAAGCAUCAAUGGCAGCAGCAACUCAGGUAGAAGGUUGCAACGGCAAGAUGGAAAAGUUCCGAGGUCAUCAAGAAAAAGUUCACAGAGAUUUUCACAUAUUUCCCAGAAUAAUUUGAGUAUUACUUCUGCUUCAUCCAGUCCAUUAACUCUCGAUUCGACAAGAGAAAAAUGUUUUGAAUCAUGUCUUGGAAAAACACGAAUACCAUAUUACUAUGAUGACCGAAACUCAAACGACUUUUUCCCUCGUAUUUCUCCGGAAACACUGAAAGACAUUCUCCAAAAUAAUAUGUGCCAGCCGUUUUACAACUCAUGUUGUAUCAUAGAUUGCCGAUUUGAAUACGAAUAUCUUGGCGGCCAUAUCAAAAAUUCCAUCAAUAUACACUCGAGAGAUGAUAUAGAGAACGAAUUUAUUCAUAAAGUUUUGCACGGUGACAGUAGCAACAACAACAAUUUGCCAACUCUUCUAAUUAUCCAUUGUGAAUUUAGUUCCCACCGAGGACCUUCAUUGGCAUCUCAUUUAAGAAACUGUGAUCGUAUAAUAAAUCAGGAUCAUUAUCCCAAGUUAUUUUACCCUGACAUAUUAAUAUUGGACGGUGGAUACAAGGCUGUAUUUGAUAAUUUCCCUGAAUUAUGCUACCCAUGUCAGUACGUGGGAAUGAACUCACAAGAAAAUUUAUUGAACUGUGAACAAGAAAUGGAUAAAUUUAGGAGAGAAUCUAAACGGUUUGCUACCAAAAAUAAUUCCUUUAGAAAAUUAGCUUCCCCUUCAAAUCCUAAUUUCUUCUACCGGGAAAGCCACCAAUCUACAACAACCAUGGCAUCAUCUGCACUGUCAUUCAAAUUUGACCCGCCUCCAAAGCUAUCAUCGAUCCAUAGAAGAGUUUCCAAUGGUUCAUCAUUAAACUCGAGUGAAAGUACAGGUGAAGAGAAUUUCUUUCCUAGUUUCAGUAAAUCGUCCAUGAUCAGUAACUGUAAUUUAAGCACUUCUCAUAUGUUAUUGAUGGAUGGGUUAGAUACUUCAUCAUAUUUCAGUUUUGAAGAUGACAGAAGCCAUGACCAGCGAGUGAAUCAAGAUGAAGACCACGACGGUGAUUUUACUUUCGUUGGUUCAGAUCGUGAAGAACUUCCCCUACCUGCAAGAAGAUCGUUAUUUUCUUCUUUGGAGGACAAUGAAAAAAAAUGA